AUCAUCAUGCGUGUCAUCCGUCACUCGACUUCGCUGUGCGGCUAAAUGCGGGUUGUAGGACCAGCCGCCGCCUUUGGCGCGUUCGGGCUCGAUCUCUUGGCUACCGUCUCAUCGGCGGUAGGCUCUCCAACCGUGGGGGCAUCGAGCGUGGACGUGAAAGAAGCAGAGGAGUAUCGGCAUCAUUAUCACCAGUUGCCAGCAGAUGCGGCGGCGGCGGCGGCUUCGGCAACAACGGCGGAUAGGAGGCAUUUCGCCGCACGCGCCUUGGAUGCCGCGAAGCAAGGCAUCGACGGAGGUGCAUCGACGCAGCACCAGCACGGCAGGGCGUCGCCGGCCUCUGUGGCUGCUGCCCAGCCGUCGAGGAGAGCCUACGCCACCCUGCUGUACAGCGAUUUCAUCGAGGGGACGCGCGCCCUCGGCCAGAGCCUGCGGGAGAGCGGGACGAGCGCGGACACCGUUGUCUUGGUGACCCCGGACGUGCGGCGAGAGACGAGGCAAAAACUCGCCGAGGACGGCUGGAUCGUUCGACCCGUGGCGGUCGAGAGGAACCCCAACCAGAACUUCCAGUCCCGCCUGGUGUUUGUGUACACCAAGCUCCUCAUCGUGGAGAUGGAGGAGGAGUACGACCGCAUAGUCUUCCUUGACGCGGACACCCUCGUGCUCGAGAACAUCGACGAGCUCUUCGAGUGCGAGCCGUUCUGCGCCGUGAUGCGCCACUCCGAGCUGCUCAACUCGGGCGUUCUGGUCAUCACUCCCAGCAAGGAGCUGUACGGCCACAUGCACGAUCUUAUCGGGGAGCUAGACUCCUACACGGGAGGCGACCAGGGGUUCUUGAACUCCUUCUACCCGUACUUCGCGGCCUGUCCGGCGUUCGAGCCAUAUCCCAUCCUCGGGUCACGUCUCGCUGGAGUCGGCUCUGGUAUGGAAGAAGUCAAUGGCCGGGGUGGCGGCGGGGGCCGAAGAAGAGUAUUAGGAGGAGACCGAGAGUUGGAUAGCGUACUUGUGGAGGGGCGGGGGGUCGAAGACAAGGGUAGGGGAGAGAGGCAGGCGGUGGCGAUGCAGGGGGAAGGGGGAACGCGGCGGCGGAGACUAGCGGGCGAGGGGGCGGAGUGGGUUCGGCCUAAGGGCUGGGGCUGCAAGAGACUUCCCACGAGGUACAACGGCGACUGGCCUCUGCUGUUCGUGGAUGGGGACUUGCAGGUGGUGCAGGGGAAGGAGGCCGGGCCAGAGGCGCCGGCGGACUGGAAGCGGCGCAAGAAGGUCAAGAUCUUGCACUUCACGUUCGGGACGGCCAAGCCCUGGAAUUGGUGGACCUACCCGUUCCUCCCAUACGUAGACCUCUGGCUGGAAGCGUUCCAUCGCCUAGACGGAAGGAAAGCGGGUUCGCCCCGCCUGGGCGCCGGCGGCGAAAAGGCGAACAAGGGCGCUGGUAGGACCGGGAGAAGCGGAGGGAGAAGGCCGAGAUGGGACGGGGUGGUGGGCCAGGCCGUGCACGGACUUGCGCCCCUUAUUGUGGUGGCCGUGCUUUGGAGGGCGGCUAGGCGGUGGACAGCCACGCGGAGGGCUCUACGCAACAUAUGCAUCGCGCUCGCACGAUAUAUGAUUCCCGUGAAAGCUCUUAAUGCGAGGAGCCUUUCCGGAAGCGUCUUCAAUCUCACAACGGGCCUAGUGGUGGCCCUCUCCGCUGCGGUGCUCGCGUUCAAUGCCGUCCCCACCACGAGACUCGGCGCAGCGCGCCCCGAAGCAGCGUGGGCGUUUUUUUGGGGCCGGGCGACGGCCUUGGUGAUCAUUGCCGAAGGCUGCUACCUCGUCCUCGUAUCCCUCAAGGCGCAUAAAGUCUUCUCAGCUUCGACCCCUCAGGACAACGUGCUCGUGCACGACGCCGCCAGCAACGGCGACGGCGGUUGCACGGCAACGCCAAUAGUGGCGCCUCCGGCGGGGGCGUGCCCGGGGCGGCGGGCUGCCGGUACGGGGGCCGUGCCACAACCGCCGGGAGGGCAGGCAAGUGUUACGAUGGCGGGGGGCGGGAUCAUCGUUGGCAGCGGUGUGGCGGAGGGGACGGGGAAGCAGGGGGGUGCGAGCGUGGGGGGUCCGUGCGGGCCGCGGCGGCUGGCGCUGACAGAGACGGUGGCGCACCUGGUGUUUCUCUCGGCGAUGGCGACGUCCCUCGUGUCAGCCCCGCUAUGGGUGGGCCUCAACGGGUUUCCGGCCAGCCGCGAGGUUGUCCCGGGGGUAGCUCGGCUGCUUGCCCUUCUGGUAGCGUUCACGUUUUCUGCCGUUCGUCUUCCGCCCCUUUGGGCCGCGCACGCGAGGUCAUUCGACAGCAGCGGUAGAACAAGUACUAGCAUCAAAGGUAGCAGUAGCGGGGGCAGCAGCUGCAGCGGUGGUGGAGGCGGCGUUAGGGCGGGUUGCGGUAGCUGGAAGCGCGGUCGGCGGAUGUCGAGAAGCAACCGGCUUGAGAUGGAGGCGGAAAGAGCCGCCCUGAACAACCUCUCGCCUUUGUCUGAUCAUCACACUGCGUAGAAGUUUUGGCUUGGGAGGGAUUGUUCUGUCUGCGUAGAAGCCAAACACCAUACUGAUGAUCCAGACAGAACAUUUGGCUUGGGGGGGAGUAAGGGGCUGUUCUGACCUGUCUGGCUUUCGAUUCGGCGGAUAAAACCCGUUCUAGGUAGAUGGUCCGAUGCCCGCUGUCUCAGCGCUAUACAUACCAAACGUGCUAGACGUUGAAGUGGUAAAGGUUGCGAGUAACAGGCUCGUGGGAAGUCUGUGACCUCCCCUGGCUUCAGGCUGCUAUUGGAAUUGUAUUUUGUGGAGUAUUAGAGCGGCUGGAUGCGUGUCCGUUAUUGAUAGAUCUGCAUGCCGGUAGGGUGUAGAUAUCUGAAUCUAACAUGCGUAAACCGAGCCCCAGCCCUGGCAGGCUCUCUAGCGCUAGGCGUUAGCUAGUCAGUCGGUCAUGGUUCGGUUGUGAUCGUGGUUUAUGUAUACUUGAGUUUGUUACUGUUUUCUGAAAGGUGUUAGAUUGCGCGAGUGUUGGUUGUGUGCUGCCCUCAUGUGCGUGAGUGGUUCUGUGCUUCUAGUGCUGUCACGUGCAAGAGUUUCAUGGGUGUUGGUGUGCACGUUCGUUGGCUGGUGCUUACUGUAAUACGGUGCUCGAUCCAUCCGCGACAGAUGGAAGGCGGCCCUGGUAUAUGUGGUAGGUGCCGCGUCGCGUCGCCGCAGUGUUAGCCUGCCUUACUUUCUGUCCUGGGUCUGACUCGCUACCAGUGGUGGUACAUGAGAAGUACGUGUGUCCGGCUCACCAAUUUAUGGGCGCUUGGAUUUUGCCUAUGUGGUUUUCUGGUGUCGACUCGGAGGAGAUUUGAUUCGAAGUACUCACCACGGUUAGUUGUUGCCAACCGUGUUGUGUUGGUGGCUUGCAGUAGGCUCAAGAGAUGUUUGCAGACUUGAGCGUUUUGUACCACGGUUCCUUUCCCGCGCGUCACUGCUGUCCGUUGUGAGAAUGUGGCGAAGACUGUUAAAUCUAUCUCAUCUAUCAUGUGCAGUCUACUUGCUGGGUUGAGUUUUCGUUGCUGUCCCUAAACUAUGGGAGCGACAAUAACCGGCAGCGUGCUGCUUGCGUUCUCUCGCUGCAAGCCCCGAAGUAGUCGGUUUCUAGGGUAGGAGAAGAGGGGGCACGAAAUCCGAAAGGAGCCUUCAAUAAGAGUCGAGGUACAUCUAUUUCCACGUGCGUUAAGAUGCACCAGCUGUUUGUGCAUAAACUACAGGCAACAUCGGUGGAAAAG